UAUUAUUACUCAUUCGUAAUUUUGUGUACACGGCUUUGGCGAUUCGCGGCAUGAAUCUUUAGAUUUUUAAAGUUUUCAAAUAUUUAUUACUCCAUUGAAACACCGCUUAUUGAAAACUAAAAAUGGGAGAUUUUGAUGUACUCAGUUAUUGCCGUAAGCUGCGCAGCAUGAAACCACCACCGUAUGAGUGUCCAGUUGCUGACUGUGAUAAAGUAUAUUCGAGUAUGACUGGGUUCCAGUAUCAUUUAGCUCAUAUCCAACACUCAAGUCCUAUACCACCUUUAGAUUUGGAUAUGCCUGAUAAACAAGAUUCAGCCGUUAUACCAAUUGCAAACAAUGCCAAAACUAAAAAAAAGAAAGGACGACGAGUAACGUUCACUUCACUUCCCAGACAAGCGCCUCUUGAAGUUGUCGAACCUGUUACACCCGUACAUCUAUCAAAGUCACUAUGUGAACUAGAAGUUCCUGACAAUAAAAUUGUCAGAUUUAACGUCGAUGAUCAUAUACCUAUUAUAUCAAAACUUGAUUACUUAAAACAAGGGAAAAAAAUCAAAACCCCUAGUAGAACAACAGCAAUAACUCUUGCAUUGUCUAAAAGCAAAGAAGCUGUUCAAAAUUUACCACAAGCUGCCUACAACGAAGUCGACAGUUAUAAUAUACUUCAGGCUCCACCUAUGCCUAAUUCAUAUAUACGAUUUAUAGAGAAAUCUGUAGAAGAGUUGGACACUGAAGUAGAAUAUGAUAUGGAUGAAGAAGAUGCAGCUUGGCUUCAAAUUAUGAAUGAACGUAGAGAAUUGGCGGGUUUAACAGGGAUAUCAAUAGAGUCUUUUGAAUUGUUAAUGGAUCGCCUUGAAAAGGAAUCAUACUUUUUGGUUCAAAUGAACAAAGAAGUUGAUAGUAGUUUAGCUGUAAUCGACGAUGAAGCCGUUUGUUCAAUAUGCUUAGAUGGUGAAUGCCAAAAUUCUAAUGUUAUAUUGUUUUGCGACAUGUGUAACUUAGCUGUUCAUCAAGAUUGUUACGGUGUACCAUACAUACCGGAAGGUCAAUGGUUAUGCCGACGAUGUCUACAUUCUCCUUCGUGCAUGGUCGAUUGUGUAUUAUGCCCCAACAACUGUGGGGCGUUCAAGCAAACUGACCGCGGGCUAUGGGCACAUGUUGUUUGUGCGUUAUGGAUACCAGAAGUCAGAUUUGCAAAUACAGUAUUUUUAGAACCGAUUGACAGUAUCGAAACAAUUCCUACGGCCAGAUGGAAACUCACUUGUUACAUAUGUAAGCAACGUGGUGUGGGAGCUUGUAUACAGUGUCACAAAACAAGUUGUUACGCAGCUUUUCAUGUUACUUGCGCCCAACAAGCUGGUUUAUACAUGAAAAUGGAGACUGUAUCAAACGAUAUGUCUAACAUAGAAGACUCAGAACCUGGCACUGUUUUGGUGCAAAAAAUAGCAUUUUGUGAUGCGCAUGCGCCAUCUGAUUAUCUAGCAGAAAACCGUAACCGACAGUCUCCAAGUGAAAAAGUAAAUAAUGCGCGUCGUGUUUUAGCCAAAAAACGUUCUGCUGCCCCUGUAAUUUCUAUUCCUACAAUACCCCCAGAAAGAGUAACUGAAAUAUCAAAUUUACUAUCGGUACCUAAAAAAGGUCAAUUUGUACAACGUUUAAUUGCUUAUUGGACUUUAAAACGACAAUUUCGAAAUGGAGUACCACUCUUGCGACGUUUACAAACCAGUCAAUCAUCAAGUGUAUCACGAAGAGAAGAACCAGUUGUAUCGAGUGGCACCGAAGACGAUCUUGUUGAAUUGUAUCGACAAUUAAAAUAUUGGCAAGCUCUCCGUCAAGAUUUGGAAAGGGUUCGCUUGUUAUGUGAACUUAUACGUAAAAGGGAGCGCACUAAAAAAGAAUUGAUCAGAGUUCAUGAAAAAUACACAAUGAAAUCAUUAUGGCCUUUUAACGCUUUCUUACACACAGUACUCAAACAGUUGGUUGCAAAGGAUACUGGUCAGAUAUUCAUUGAACCCGUUGAUCAGGACGAGGUACCUGAUUAUGGUGAAAUAGUUAAAAAUCCAAUGGAUCUACAAACAAUGGGAACUAAAAUAAAUAAUUCUGAAUAUAGUACUUUUGAAGAUUUUGAAAGCGAUUUUAACCUGAUGAUUUCAAAUUGUUUAGCAUACAAUUCUAAAGAAACAAUAUUCUAUAAAGCCGGAAUAAAAAUGAGAGAUCAAGGAGGAACGGUUUUAAGAACUGCCAAACGAGAUCUCAAACUUUUAGAAUUAGAACCAAAUUCAAUAUUGUUGACUGAUCCCAAUAAAAAAGGUUGUGAAACAACUGCAUCUAUCUCAACACCAAAAAAAUCUGAGGAAAUCAAAGACGAAAAAGGUAUAGAAUUUGAUAGUGAAUUAAAAGAAAUAUGUAAUCCAUCCAACACGAUGGGGGAUGAUGAUCGAAUGUGUAAACUUUUACAACUCGCUGACAAGUGUCGGGGAGGACGACAGUCUAAGCGGGCCCGCAUGAUCAAAACUGAAUUGACAAAACUAAAAGUAAAAAUAGAUUCAGAAACCAAAAACAAAGAAAUUGUCGAGUUAGAAGAAUCAAGUGAUGGAAACCAUCAAAAUACUGAAACAGAGAAAACAAGUACCAAACGUAAUAAGAAGGCAGUUGUACAACAAUCAAUAGAAAGCUUUAUUUUCAAAAAACCAGAUACUCCCUCAAAGUCUGAAUCAACAACACUCAUAACUCCUCGAAACUCUUCUAGAAAAAAAGCGUCCACUGAUAUAACAGCUACGCCCCCUCAAAUAAGACGUACUAGACAAUCUACAAAUCUUGAGAGUUUCAAAGAAUACCGUUCAAGCAAAAAGACAGAUACCGAAGAUGAGUCGCCAUCCGAUGAAGAGUCUAGUUACCUAGAUUAUUCAGAUUCCGAAUCAAACUCUAGUAGUACAAGUGAAGGGAGUAGCAGCGGAUCGUCUUCUGAUGGAUCGGGCAGUUCAUCUAGCAGUUCUUCUUCAGACUCUGAGUUAGAAAAAGAAUCCAAGAAAAGAGGAACACAAGAUGAUUUUGCUCAAUUACAAUUAGUCUGGGCCAAAUGUAGAGGUUAUCCGUGGUAUCCGGCACUGAUAAUUGAUCCCAAUAUGCCAGCAGGACAUUUGCAUAACGGCAUACCAGUCCCUAGUCCACCAUUGGAAGUAUUAAACUUGGCUAGCAACUAUAAAGAAUUAGUAUACUUAGUAUUGUUCUUUGAUGCAAAACGUACCUGGCAAUGGUUACCUCGCAACAAACUAGAGCCACUUGGUGUUACUCAAGAAUUGGAUGACAUAAAACUGACAGAAUCAAAAAAACCUGCCGAUCGUAAAUCAGUCCGUAAAGCCUAUAUGGAAGCUCUUGUUUAUAAAACUGACCCGAUGAUACCAUCAUCUUCUAGUUUGAGACGUUCUAGUAAAAGUUAGAAUAUAAUACAAUAAAUUGUUAAACUAAUUUUUUAGUUUUUAUACUAUACUGUAAAAUAAUUAUAUUUGUUAAACCAAGUGACUUUUUUUUUAUGUAUUUUUUUAUGAGUAGUAUAAUGCUUUCUUUGACACCUUUGUUUUUAAAUGUUUUAAUUAUUAUAUUUAUAUGUACAUACAACUACUAUAAAGAUACACCAUAAAAAUUAUUCUUAAAU